AGGACUACAUCUCCCAGCAGGCUGUGCUCUGACAGCUCUCGGAUUUAAAUAGAAUUCUGGGCUAUGCUUAGAGCCAGGCUGUUGCUGAGAGCUCAAGAGGAGCUAGAGGAGGGAGAAGCAGCAAGAAGCAGCCAAGAGUUGGAACCAGGCCAGGAGCCCGAGCGGAGUCGGAGUCGAAGUUGCUUUUGCUAAAGCAGCAGCAACUAAAGAAGCUGAAAAGAUGCUGGUUAUCUUGGGACUGCUCGCCUCCUUCCUUUCUUUCCUGUACAUGAUAGCUCCUUCCAUCAGGAAGUUCUUUGCUGGUGGGGUCUGUAGAACAACUGUGCAGCUUCCUGGGAAGGUAGUGGUGAUCACCGGAGCCAACACAGGCAUUGGCAAGGAGACGGCCAGAGAGCUCGCUCGCAGAGGAGCACGAGUAUACAUUGCCUGCCGAGAUGUACUGAAGGGGGAGUCUGCUGCCAGUGAAAUUCGAGCCGAUACAAAGAACUCCCAGGUGCUGGUGCGGAAACUGGAUCUAUCUGAUACCAAAUCCAUCCGGGCCUUUGCUGAGGGCUUUCUGGCAGAGGAAAAGCAGCUCCACGUUCUGAUCAACAAUGCAGGAGUGAUGAUGUGUCCAUAUUCUAAGACGGCUGAUGGCUUUGAAACACACCUGGGAGUCAACCACCUGGGCCACUUCCUUCUCACCCACUUGCUCCUGGAGCGGCUGAAGGAAUCUGCCCCUGCACGGGUGGUGAACUUGUCAUCAGUGGUCCACUACGUUGGCAAGAUUCGUUUCCACGACCUCCAGGGUGAGAAGCGCUACAGCCGGGGUUUUGCUUAUUGCCACAGCAAGUUGGCCAAUGUGCUCUUUACUCGUGAGCUGGCCAAGAGGCUCCAAGGCACGGGGGUCACCACCUACGCGGUGCACCCAGGCAUCGUCCGCUCCCAGCUGGUCCGGCACUCGUUCCUGCUGUGCCUGCUCUGGCGGCUCUUCUCCCCCUUCCUCAAGUCGGCAUGGGAGGGGGCUCAGACCAGCCUGCACUGCGCCCUGGCUGAGGGCCUGGAGCCUCUGAGCGGCAAAUACUUCAGUGACUGCACGAGGACCUGGGUGUCUCCAAGGGCCCGAAAUAACAAAACAGCUGAGCGCCUGUGGAAUGUCAGCUGUGAGCUUCUAGGAAUCCAAUGGAAGUAGAGCUGGUAGAAGAGCCAUAGCUGUAUCAGGCCCAAUCUACAUCAUAAUGAAAGGGGACCAAGGAGAAGGCCAACCUUGACGGAUUGUCCUACUGGCUGGCUGCUGUUGUGAAUCCUGCCCUCCUCUGAUUCUCCUGACCCUUCUGGAAACCUUUGCAUAACCAAUCCCUCUUGUGAGGCUGGUUCAUGGCGUGAGAUGUUCAUACCCUCAGAGCAUUCUUCUGUGAGACUUGAAGAGUUGGCCACCCUCUCGGGGCAAGAGGAGUAGGCAUAUGCCAGGCUGGGCACGGGAAUUGCAAAAGAGGCUGGGAAAUUGGGUCAAUUUCCUCACCAGUAUCAGAAAUGCCAGCUACAUGCUCAGCUCAGGUGACAGGACCAUCAGUAUUACAUAUUUCUAGGGACUGUAGACUCCAACUCUUGACUGAUCACUUUCCUGUUUGAAAUACUAUUUACAACUCUGGAGUCUGGACCAACUCAGGAAAAUCUUGGCUUAACCUUGGCCAACUUAGGUUCCUUCCUCUAAGUACCCUGGAGACAUUGCAUGAAUCUGGACCUUCCCAUUUUCUUUUUCCAGUUCUUUUUUAAAAAUUAAAAAUUUUUUUUAGCUUUAUUGAGAUAUAUUUGACAUAUAACAAUGUGUAUGUUUGGACCUUCCCAUUUUCAAUCAUGUAGAUAGUUUAUUUUUCUAAAGGGUUCCCUUUACCUCAAUUUUCAGAGAAUAUAAAGGACUGCAUAUACAUCUCAUUGCCUUAUUUAUUUUCUCAGGGUAACAAGAGAGAAAUGGAACAAAGAGGGAAGUCCGCCUUCCAGUUAGUGAGUAGUAUCUCACCCUACCCACCACCCAUAACCUUCUUAUAAUUUACAUCACAUCUUAUAAUGCAUUAAGAGGAUCAAAAUAAGAUGUUUCAGCUGUGUAUUUUCUAAAUUUUCUUCCAGCUUUCACAUUUUAUUAUCUAAGAAGUAAUAGGAGUGACUUAGUUGCAUUGAUGCUGAGCUCCACUGUAGAUUAAGGCCAGAGGUAGUAUGGGACUGGAUUUAAUUUGGUACAUAGACCCAGAAAAACUAAGCCUAGAUAAACUCUCUUCCUGAAACCAUAGCUCUUCUCUUUUCUGCCCUCUCUGUUCUCAUGUGCUAUGGCCCCAGGUGACCUGCUUCUUGCCUCAAGUGCUGAAGGUCACCAAGAAGAGGUGAGGAGAUGUGCCUAAUGUGUCAGCCAGGAGACCCAAGAAGUCAUGUCAUUGGUUCCAGUUCUAAAGCAGCCAAAGGGCAUCUUUUUGCCCUUUCCUUUCAUAUCAAGUAGACUUAAAAAAAAAAUCAAAAACUUUUUUUUGAUGGAAAAUUUCAAACAGACAAAAGUAGAGCAAAUAGUAUCAUGAAUCCCCAUGUACCUGCCUGUCAUCCAGCUUCAACAUUAAUAUUCUGUCAACCUUGUUUCAUCUAUAUUUCCCCCAUGAUAUUUUUUGGGGGGUGGAGUGAGAUAUUUGAAAGCACAUUCCAGACAUCACACAUUCAACCCUAAAUACUUUAAUUUGCAUAUCUAAAGAAGAACAUUUGUGUUUUACAGAACCACAAUAUCACAAAAGGGGACAAAAAGGGGACUAUGCAAUAAACCGGACAAGCUCAGGGGGGCCACGUGGCAGGCCUGACAAACUCAGAGGCCGAAAGUAACCACAACACAGGACGGUCUGAUCACAAAGUCCUAACUGGGCAGGUCAUUUGGGUCUCCUGGCUGACACAUCUCAGGCUUAUAGCUUCCUUAGCAAAGGUCAAUGUUUACCUUAAGUGAGCUCCGUCCAUUGUUCUCGUGCAUCUAGGAUAACAUACUUUUGAAAUAUCUGAGUAAUUUUCUUUUCUAGACCCCUCGUAGGCACAACCCCCAGCCCGAGAGCCCAAGACCACCAGAGCAGGAGACCACAGAACCCCUCACUGUUAUCUUGUUCCCCGCAUACCAGCUCUAUGUGCUGUAAAUGUUAAUUAUUACCUAUUCUGUGCCCACUAAUGUAAAAGAUAUGUCCUUCCAUUUUACUUUUUAUUCAGUCUUAGAGAUUUCUCUGUUUUGCUUUCUCUCUCCUUAACCUACGACCAAUAGAUUUCAUGGAACCCUCCUUAUGUCUCCUCCUUUGAUUCUAACGUAUAAAGUAAGCUGCAAA